GAGUUGUUUCACGGAUGCAGACAUAAUGUGGUUUCGGAACCCAUUCCCGCGCUUCUACAAAGACGCCGACUUCCAGAUCGCGUGCGACCAGUACACGGGCCGCCGCGGCGACGGAUCCUCCACCGACCGCCGCAACCGCCCCAACGGCGGCUUCACCUUCGUGCGGUCCAACGUGCGGACCCUCCAGUUCUACCAGUUCUGGUACCACGCGAGACAGAGUUUUCCGGGGAUGCACGAUCAGGACGUGCUGAACAAGAUCAAGUUCGACGCGUUACUCGACGCCAUCGGGCUGAAUGUCUGGUUCCUGGACACGGCCUACUUCGGCAGAUUCUGCGAGCCGGCCCGGAACCAUGCACGCCAAUUGCUGCGUCGGGCUGGGCCACAAGAUCCACGACCUCAACGUCGUGCUUGGGAUUGGAAACAUUAUAUGUCGCUGCCUGCUGACUCCAGAGGGUCGGCUUCGUUUACUUGGCGAGCUCCCCAGAGGUGCAGAGAAAACUCUCCACCGCUCGCCUACCAGAGCAGCCGAAGCAAGAAAUCGUCGCGGUAAAUCGAAUUUUCUCAUUGAGACUAUAUGGCUCGAGGUCCUUGUUCAUGUACCUGCCAGUCUGCCACCUCGGAUGGAAGAAAGAGACGAAGUUGGAGUCAAUUGGAAAAUGGACCCAACAAUUAAAUGGGCCAAAGACAUGUAUUAUUGUCAUCCGGGAUUCUGCUUAAGCUAUUUGGCAAUACCAAGGGUCAAGCGGAGCUUGAUCGGAACACAACAAUGGAUUAAUUGGGCCUGUAAACCAUGUUUCUAAAAUUAAUGGGCCUCACAGCACGGAACACAAACUUGAGUCUCGCAGUCAACCGGACCGGAUUUUGAAAGGCCAGUUCGAAGCUAAAGGCAAGCAAGUGGGCUUGGGCCUCGCUUCUGUUAGCAGCAGAGAACGCAAACUUGGGCACUGAGAGCAUAUGGUGUGCUAUGGUGGUGGGUAAUUAAAGUGGAGAGAAUCAUGGCAAUAAACAAGAGCUAGCUCACAAAAUCAGAAUGCAAUGACUUCUUUAAAAGAGGUAAGUACUGAAAUCUUUCUCGCAAGUUAGAAUCUAUUCCAUUAAGCUCUAUGCAUGAUAUUGAGAAAUCAUGUGAAUGCAAUGAAGUAAACCUAGAAUUGAUGCAUGACCAUAUUGACAUUGAGAUGUGCUUUUCUCAAUUAUUAGAGCAUAAAUUUGAAUGCAUGUUAUGGAAUAGAGUAAUUUUGUUUACAUGAGUGUAUAUGAAGAAUAUAUGGUAAUAGAAUGGGUUAAUUGUUCAUAGUGACGAUAUUGUAGGAAGUACUAUUGUCACAUGAACCACUGAGGUUGCUCUGAAACAUUAAAGUUUCAAGAAUGAGAGCAUCAAGUUGAACCAGAUCCACACCAAAUAGAAUGGUACCCUUCGUGGUAACCAUUAAUUGCGUGCCAAUCCUCUAAAGAAUAACGAUGUGUUUCUCUGCUAAAGUUGCGAGAAAACUAUAUAACACGAAAGUGUAAGAACAAGUUUGACCUAGUGUAAACUUGAGUAAAGAAGAGGAUUUGGUGGUAAUGAUCACUGAGGUGAUAACAGAGCUAGGCCUUAAAGGCAACUCUGAAGAAUGGUGGUUGGAUAUUGGCGCCUCAAGGCAUAUGUGUGAUAAAGGAGCUAAGCUCAAUCAUAUAUUGAGGUGUAUCGAAGGAGAAAGUGUUGUUGGGAAGUGCCAUUACCACUAAAUUCGAUGGUUCUGGAAAAGUGGAAGUAAAUAUUAACUUUGAAUAUCAUAUGUCACAUUCCCAUAUUUUUCUUGAACACUUUAGAUAUGAAUUUUGUAGGGAGUUGCUAAAGGUCGCCCUUAAAAUUGCUAAAUGUCGCCCUAAAAAACAUCAAAGUUACAAAUUUAACCUUUUAGCUUCUUUACUCUUCCUUUAGCAAACAAACACCACUUAGUAAAGAAAAUAAAACAUUAUUCAAAAGAGAGAAUCCAUCAUCGUCAUUCUGGAGUUGGAAUCGUCGAUAUGAUGUCUGGAUCAUGACUAGCGACUCUGAAUCGGUAAAGUUCACUCAAAAAAUUGUAAAAAAAAACAAAAAAAGAGAACCGUAGCUCAUUUGCGGUUGCACCAGGGGCCAACCGCAGCUCAUUUGCGGUUCCACCAUGGGCCAACCGCAACUCACUUACGGUUGCACCAUGGACCAACCGCAAGUGAGUUGCGGUUGCACCAUGGACCAACCGUAACUUGCCUUAGGUUGAGCGUUUUUUUGGAAAUUUCGUUAGAGAAUGGGCGGCGACGACGGCGGGAAAGACGCUGACGAACUGGUGCGUCGAGAGGGAUUCGCGAAGAAGGCAGAUGAGGGGUUUAGUUUGAGAGGUUAGGGAUUGUUUGGUUUGUUUAUAUUUUGAAAUUUUAUUAGGGGUAUAUAAGUCAUUUAUCAUUAGAGUUAGGGCGACCGUUAGCAAUUUUAAGGGUGACAUUUAGCGAUUCAGAUUUUGUAUCCAAGUUAAAUGACCCAUAAAUAUGUGGUUAGAAAAUCAGAAUCGAUAGAUCUGAUUUAUUUUGAUAUGGGUAAACGUGAUAGAAAGACAAUAGAUGAUUUAUUGCUCUAUAGGGUGCUAUGAUAGGUUGUCUGAUAAUUUUAGAUGCUUAUUUGAAAUGUUUUAUCGCGUAAUGAGUUCACUGAUUAUUUGAUGUAUAUGUUGCAUGCUUCUGGUAGAAGAAUCAGUGUAAUAUGAUGACUGGUAGAGCAUAUGAAUGUGUUUUAAUUGGUUAAACAAUAUUAAAACACAUAAACCUAUGAAAUACUCAUUAUGUUGUGGAAUCCAUGGAUGCCAAUAGAUUCCAUUUAUAUUAAGGAAUAGUGGAGGUGAUAUCCUGCCUACUAUUAGAAAUAAUGGAUUACUAGUGGGGGUGAUGAAUCUGGGUAUGAACUCAGAAGAGACAAAUGAACCAUAAAUCAUGAAAGGAUUUUGGUUAUGAAUUUGUUAUUUACACCCUAAGAAAGAAAGAUCCUACAAGUCUGCUAGAAGUUCGAAGUUUCAUAAAGAUGCAGAUUUAUGGGAGAAUCCAUUAUUAACAAAAUGAAAUGUUUGGAGUCUAAUAAGACUUAGAAACUUGUAGAGUUACCUUUUGGUUGUAAAGCCUUAGGUAAUAUAUCGAUGAAAUCGAACAAGUUUUGGCAUCUUUGAGAAUUACCUCCUGGCAAUGAAGCAAAGGUAAUAAAUGGAUUCUCAAAAGAAAACUGAAACCUAAUGGUUUAGUAGUUAAGACUUAAGGUGAAAAGGAAAAAAUUGUAGAUUUUCUUGAUAUCUAUUCACCAAAUCUAGAAUAACAUCCAUGUAUGGUCUGGAUGUUAAAAUUGUAUUUUGUGAAUGGUGAUUUAGAUAAAGAAAUCUAGAAUGGGCAACCUAAAAGGUUGUUAUUCCUGAACAUGAUUUUAAAGUCUAUGGUGAGAAAAAUCAUGGUAUGAUUUGAAAUAGACUUUAAAAAUCAUGGCAUGGAUGGAUGGUUCUCUCUCAUGGUUUUGAAUGAAAGUGGCAAGUGCAUUUGUUACUAACUUGAGAACGACACUUGCACUAUAAAAGACAUGUUUCUUUGUUGCAAAGACUCAUGACAUGAAUAAAUGUGAAAACCCAUGUUGAGUGAGAAUAUUGAUGAGAAGGAUCCAAGUGUUUCACUUAGAGAUCCAAAUGACUAGGACAGUGAAAGAAAUUUUUUAUAGAUCAAUCUAACUGUUUGGUUAAGAUCUAUAAGAAAUACAAGUUAUACUCUUGCCUAAAUAUUUGAAGAUGCUAGUACAAUUUUUAAAAGAGCACCAAAGACGGUGUAAGAAAGUAAGAACAUACUAGCAUCGAUAGUCUGCAAGAGGCAGCUGAUAAACAUGAGACCCGACAUAAUGGGGGUACUUGGCAGGUUUACUGAUUGUCCUAGUAUGAAGCAUUGAAAUGAUAUUGAAAGGGGUCAUGAGAUGCCUUAAGAGAACAAUAGACCUUGAUAUAUGUUAUCAACAGUUUCUUGUUGUAUUGGUAGGGUAUAUUGAUGCGGACAAUAAUACCCUAUAGAGGACUCCAAGGCAUCCAGUGGGCAUGUAUUAACAUGCCCAGAAGAGUUGUGUCUUGAAAGUCUAAGAACUAAACGAUUCUGGCUCAAUCGACUAAAGAAUCAGAAAUGAUGAAACUAGCAAUGGCUAGUAAAGAGGAAAGUUGAUUGAGAGGUUCAUUACUAAAGAUUCCCUUAUGGGAAAGACCGAUCCCUCCGGUAGUUGAUUCAUUGUAAUAGCACCGGAGCUAUUGCAAAAGAAGGGAACUGGUUCUAAAACGAAAAGAGACGACAGAUUCGUCAAGCACGGUAAUGUAAGAGAACUCCUAACGAUAGGAGCAAUGAGGGUGGAUCAUGUAAGAUCCUAACAGAAUCUAGCUGAUCCUUUGACGAAAGGAUUACCUAGAGAGAAAAUUCCAAAAUACCUCGAAAGGUAUGAGACUUAUGCCUACCGAUCCAUGGAUUACAAGUGAUGGUAACCCGACCCGAUAGACUGGAGAUCCCAAGAAACAGGUUCAAUGGGUAAUAACAAGUCAUGGGUAAUAUUGAGAAAAGUUCAUGCAUAGUGAAGCAUGAAUCCCAAAGCCUUGGAGGUUGAGUUAAACUCUUAAUGAGAUCUAUACUAUAUGUGGAGUGAAGUACUUUACUUUGAGGGUACUUCUGAUAGACUCAACUAUGUGAAUGUGGGAGUGGGGCCGCUCCCUAUGGAACUUUGGAGGCACAAAGUUGCUAGAGCGUUCACUAAACCGGGAUAACGUGCAUGGCCAUAAAUGCACGGCCUAUGAGAGAAUAUCACUCAAUGAAAAGAUCUGGUGUGCUACAUUGUCUGAGAUAGGGUUCAAGACUACGAGUCACCCUUAUGAAAUCGGAAGUGUAACCACUACGCUAAGGUUCAAAUCUUCGCGAUACCUUAGCUUAUGCCCGAUCUUAUGGAACUGUUGAUGCUCAAGAUAGUUUCAAAACUAUUCAAGUGGGGGAUUGUUGGGAUGAAUAGCUUUGAAAAGCUAUAAAUGAAAUUCCUAAUUAAUUAUCCAGUAUUUUCCCAUAAUACAUAAAUAAGAUGGAUAAUUAAUAAAAGGAAUAUUAUGGAGAUAAUUAGGAAUAAUUAGCUUAAUAGAUUAUAUUUUAAUUAUGGGAGUAAUUAUCUCCCUAAUUAAAAUAUGACUUAUUCCCAAAGAAAGAGGGAAUAUUCUGGGUUCUUGCUCCUAUAAAUAGGAGACGCCACAGACCCUCUAAACAGACCUCAGAGAGCAGAAACACGAGAGAGUGAGAUUCAAAAAGCUCCGGUUUUCCGCACAAAACCGCUGAGCAAAUCAAAAGAGUGGCUGUUUUAUCCUGGAGGCGACCGGCUGAUAGUCUGUUGUGCGAAUAACGAGGCAGUGCCGCGAACGUCUUAAAGAGAGCGACCUAGUCCGCGACUCACCCAGAUCGGUAACCAUAAUUUUUCUGUUCGGUUUAUAACAGGUAUCGGGUGGCCACAGUAUCUGGUUGAGGUUCCUGGGUAAUAAAAAAAAAUACUCAUUAGUUACUCGGAUGGCAAUGGUUACUGUUGAAAUCUAAAUGGAACAUUCUGAGAAAAAUAAAAAUUUAUUUGUAUGGCCCGAACUUUAGACAUAUUAAAUAUCCUGACCACUAUUUUUUGUCUAUAACUUCGUGGCCUCAACUAUCCAUCAAAGUUAUGAAAUUGGCCAAACCCGAGAUUUGACUGUUAUCUUUAACGGUCAAACGCAUUGACUAACAGCCAACGCGCCACAUCAGCACAAACUACUUUAAAAAUUUCGUUUUUUCCAUCUAUUAUCAUUUAUCUUCUUUAUUUAGAACAAAAGAAGAAAAAAAAAAGGAAAACAAAUUCAGAAUAAAAAAGAUAAAUGGUAAUAGGUGUAAAAAAUCAAAAAAUUUAAUUAGUCUAUGCUGACUUAGCAGUGAUCCAAGAUAAUGGUCAAAUUUCGGAUUUGGCCAAUUUCGUAACUUUGAUGGAUAGUGGAGGCCACGAAGUUAUGGAUCAAAAAGAUUUGCCAGUAUAUUUAAUAUGUGAAAAGUUCGAGCCAUACAAAUAUAUUAACCCAAAAAACGACAAAUAUUCACUAAAUUUUAGUAGAGAAUUCAACUCAAUUCAAUAAGUAUCCAUUCGAAGUUCAUGAUGAGUGGCAGUGACAAAGAAAAUAUUGUCUUGAAAAUUACUCUUUACAAUGGAUGACAAUCAAUUUAGAGGGUUUACCCGCACAAUAUAAUUGAUAAAAAUAUCCACAGAAUUUGAGAAUAGAAAACUCUACCAAAUCCAACGGGUGCAUGGGUACUCAUGGGUUGACGAACAUAACCGCACAUUAUCUCUUCGAACAUCACACAUCCUUGUAUCGUCAAAAUUUUCCUUACAAAUAUAUUUCCAUUAAGACCAAUAACAUCUAGUUCAUCAAAAAAAGACUAAUAACAACUAGGGAUGGAUGGCAAUUGGCUUCGAUUUAACCAAAAACAAAAUUAUCAGUUAUCGGUUAGCCGAACCACCUCCAUACAGGCUCCGACAACCGAUUGACGCUUUAUGCACGGUUAACCGACUACAGACCAGUCAUUUCCAGUUUUUGGAUCAGUUAGCAUUGCAAACUGAACAGUUGGAUACUCGACUUCUCUGCAAGAAUCGGAGGGGCAUAGAGGAGGGGACGACCAGCUUGGGGCGGAGGGGGCGGAUUGGGGCGAUAGAGAGGUGACGGAGGAUGCUGAGGCCAAAGGGGAUUUGUUCUCGCCUUCGCAGACUAGAGGGUGCGGAGGCGGGGGACGUCGUGAACUCGCGGUGGGGGUCUAGCCGAGCAGGGAACGGAGGCGAGGGACGGAGGCCCGUCUGCUGCACCGAGCGGUGGCCGGUUCUCGUCGGCUGGCCGUCUAGGGGAGGCUGGGAGAUAAGAAGUUGACUAUGGAAAUUGAAGAAGAAGGGGAAUAGGGUUUCCGUCGUUGUUUCUCUGAUUUUUAGGGAUUUUCCUCUCGCAAAAUGAAGUCGUUUAGGGGGAUAGGUAGGUGUUGUCGGUUAGCGUCGGUUAGCCGUUUAACCACAGUUAUCAUCCAUCAAUUAAUCGGCUAGACGACGAGUCUCCUUUCAUCUCCGACAACCGACCGUCCACUGGGCUUUUCGGUUAAUUGGUUAUCGUCCUACCCAAUUCUUCUCUGGAUUCCAACAUCUUUGAUUCUCUCUCCCUCAGUCGACUUCAAAGUAGAUCGAGAGGAUUCCGAGCAGAGCUUUUUCCGUCGCAACAAAUUGAAUCCCCAGGCCAAGUUUCUCGACGACAAUUUGCCUCUACCACCCUUUUUCAUAGGGCGAAGAAGAAGAUCGGAGAUGAGGCGCUUUCCCCUUCCUCUACUUCCCCCUUCCUCCUCUAUGAUUUGCAAUCAACCUAUGAGUGCCUU